AGUCAAGAAUUGGAAGUGUAAUCGAUGAGAAGCAAUUGCUUUUGUAAUUUUUAUUCUCAUUGCAAUAGGAAAGUUAUUUUAUUGAAACUACGGAAAUUCUCGAGUUCUGAUGAUCAAUAAUAAACAAAACUAAUUCCUCUGAAAAUGAACUAAAAGAAGACAAAAAAAAAUUAAACAAUUAAAAUUCUAGAUCAACAAAACAUUUCGUGGACAAAGUGAAGAAAAGAAUCAGAAAAUGAAAGUGACAUUAAAAUGCUGUGACAAUUGUAAACUCAAUUAAAGCAAAUGACAUGCUAUAUAUGCAAAGACUUAAUUAAAUUUAGAUAAAAUUUUACUCAUAAAAGAAAAAGAGAAAUUGUUUGUUUGUUAUGAUGAAGGCUGUCUUCAGGAAAUUGUUCAAAAGCUCAAAUAAAGAUAAAGUAGCUGUAGCAGGCACCAACAACAGUAACAAAGAACAAGAUGGAAAAAAUAAUAAAAACGUCAACGACAGCCCAUCGAAACGAAUCAAAUGUAGCACAAUUGCGCCAAAUAACAGCAGUAAAUCGAAGCUUCCAAUUGUACCCAAAAUUGACACAACUAUCCGAGCCAAGCGAUUGAUGAAAGAAUUUCGAGAACUUCAGAAAUCAAAAAACGAUCGAAAUGAGAAAUUUUUUUCGGCUGAAUUAAUUAACGAUAACUUAUUCGAAUGGCAUGUUCGCCUUUAUCAUCUUGAUCCCGAAUCACCAUUGGCACAAGAUAUGGAAGAGCUCAACGUCCCUUGCAUUCUUCUUCAUCUGAUUUUUCCCGAUAAUUUUCCAUUUGCACCGCCAUUUAUGCGAGUCGUUGAGCCAAGGAUUGAGAAAGGUUUCGUCAUGGAAGGUGGCGCUAUUUGUAUGGAAUUGUUAACACCAAGAGGUUGGGCUUCAGCAUACACAAUCGAAGCAAUUCUAAUGCAAUUUGCCGCCAGUUUAGUCAAAGGUCAAGGAAGAAUUUGUCGAAAAACAAAAGUCAAUAAGGAGUUCAACCGAAGAACAGCAGAAGAAGCUUUCCGUUCACUUGUCAAAACUCAUGAUAAAUAUGGCUGGAUAACUCCGUCAUUAUCAGAUGGCUAAAAUGGCAAAUCAUUUUAUUUUUCCCCUCUCUGUCGCUCUUUCAUUUCAAGAUUAUCGACCCAGAAGAAGACACAGACAUUACAAAAGAAGAAAUAUUAUAUCCAUAGAUUGAGUUCAUAAAAAUAUGAUUUGACACGUGUUGUUGUGCUUCUAAAAAUAAAUCAAAAUCAAUAUAUUUCCGAUCUUAAUUUUAUUUUUUUAUCGUUUUAAACGGAUGAUGCGACAUCAUCAUUCUAUGAGUUUUCGCCUUUUUCAUGACAAAAGAACAAACAAAAUAUUGAAGUUUGUUAUGUAUAAAGAAAAAUUCCGGUUAGAGAUGAAGCGAAGAGAAAUCUUUUAAUCUUCUUAAUCUACCCAUCAACAGCUUCAAUUCAAGCAACUCGAUGUCAAAACUUAUCGUCAAUGAAUAUUAAAUGAUAUAGAAAACAAUCCUUCGGUGAUUAAACUCUGAAAAGGCACUUCAUGGAUGAAUCAGAAGACAGAGUCGAGUCACAGAAAAUUAAAUUAAAAAACAAUUCAAUGCAAAGAAUUGAAUUAGAAAUAACUCAGUUUCUCGGUCUGGUCGUCUUUUAUCCUCGAACAAUUAUUUGUUGUCAAGAAGAACUUUUAUUUCCUGAGACAUUGAUAACUUUUGACUUUCAUCUUAUGAAAUAAAAGUUUCUCGAUAUCUUACGAUGACAUUAGAUGUUCUCACAUUUAGGAUAAAAAGUUGUCGAUGAGAAUCCUCUGGUGAGUCGAAGGUUCUUAAGGCAAUGUUCUCUUACCGAUCAUAAAUAAUUCGAAAAGAAAAGUUUUCUCCUUGGAUAUCUUGAAAAAUAUUAUUUGCUCAACAAGGAAAUGUUUAACUUUUUCAAAGCUCGUUUGAAUUGUUUCAUAUGUGGGAAGUUUGCUUAAUGUCCCUAAGGCCAAUGCCAUUUAUUUACAUUUAGAACAUUUUUCGAGAAAUCACAUGAUAUAAUCUUAGGAUAAAUUAAAUUUAAUUGAUUUUAUGCUCAUUGCAAAAGAUUUUAUGCUCAUUCCAAAGAUUUUAUUAAUAACAAUUGUUGAUAAUAAAAGUAAAAAUAUAUCUAGACAUAAAACAUAAUUGUAAAAAUAAUUUCCAAACGAGCCAAACCUCCACGAUUUGAUAUUUAUCAUCGAUAUAGUAUAUAUUGUACUGGAAAUAAACAAAAUCUUAAAUGAAGCCUCAAG